AUUUUUUUUUUUUUUUUUCAGUUUCAAUUCGACUCGACAAAUGAGCGUUCCUCGUCCUCCACCGAUGCCUGGCUCGCCCGCUGGCUCCAUCCGCAAGACCGAAGAAGGCACCUCGAUUGUGCACAUUCCGCCCGUGCACUUUGCACACGUCCUCGAUGUGAACACAAACAUCACCGGCCUGGUCACUGGUCCGACCACGCUCGUCCUGCAGACGCACGAGGAAUUGGUGCUGGGUCCGAUGCCGCUCAUCAUCAUUCCCCCACGACACUACUGCAUCAUCCGUGAUCCCGUCGACUAUUCCACGGUCGUCUUUACAAAGGGCGGAUUUGGUGCUGCUCAGAAACCCGCCGCCGCUGCUCCUGCCACUGCUCCUCCUGGUCCUUCCGCUACUGCACCUCCUGUCUCCCGUGACGAGUCGCCCAUCCUCGUCGGCAGCGUCGCCACCUCGCGCACCGCCCCCAUGAAGCAACGCAUUGGCGCGCGCUCCAUCCGCCUGCACGGCCGCCCCUUCCCCCUCUUCCCCGGCGAAGACAUGUUUGAGGGCUUGAAGGCCAUCAAGCUGCUUCCUGUCGUCCCCGUCAACUCUGCCAUCGCGCUGCAGGCGAUUGCCGAUUUCGACGACACAGAGUCCGUCCCCGGCAAGGUGAUUCACCGCCAGGCUGGCGACGAGUGGCACCUGCGUGGCCCGCGCACGUACAUUCCGCACGCGGACGUGCAAGUCACAGCCACGAUCCAGCCCACCCUGAUCAAGGAAGGCCACGCCAUCCGCCUGCGUGCCAAGCGCGACUGCCUCGACGGCUUCUCCGGCAAGGCGCGCGUCACGGGCGAGGAGUGGCUCGUCCGCACGCCUGGCGCGUACGUGCUCACCGCGGACGAGGCCUUUGUCCAGGAAAUUGCCGCCACCACGCUCACCGCCAAGAUUGGGCUGCACCUCCAAGCGGUCGAGACCUUCACCGACUUUAAGGGCAUCCAGCGCCUGGCUGGCGACGAGUGGCUGCUCACCUUGGCCGACACCGAGUCGUACAUUCCCGACGUGACGGAGCGCAUCAUCAAGCAGGUCGACAAGAUUGUCCUGGGCCCGCUCAACUAUUGCGUUGUGCUCAACCCGCACGACCCCAAGACUGGCCGACCCCAGUGGGGCCGUCGCGACGUGCGCAAGGGCGUUUUGUCCUUCUUCCUCCACCCUGGCGAAGAGCUCGACGGCAAGGGCGUCACGAACGCCUACGUGCUGGCCGACGACGAGGCGGUAGUCGUCUCUGCCAUUGAGAGCUUUGCAGACACUCGCAACGGCGUUGCGCUCCAGCGCGCGCCUGGCGAACAGUGGAUGGUGCGCGGCCCCGUCGAGUUCAUCCCUUCGCGCGAGGAGUCUGUUGUCGCUCGUCGCAAGGCCAUUCCGCUGGACAUGAACGAGGGCAUCUACAUUCAAGACCUGCAGACGGGCACGGUGCGCGCAGUGAUGGGCCCAACGUCCUACCUGCUCCGCGCAUCAGAGCAGCUGUGGGAGAAGGAUUUGACCUCCGAGGUCGAGCAGCUCCUCAAGGCAGGCGGCGGCAUUGGCGACGAGGAUGUGCGCAAGAUUGCCUACUUUGACGGCAAUGCGGCCUCCGACAAGCCGCGCGACAAGACGCGCGUCGUGACCUUCCGCAUCCCGCACAACACGGCCGUCCAGCUGCACGACUACCAGCUGCGCACUGCCCGCAUCUUGUACGGGCCCGACCUUGUGCUGCUUGGCCCGCACGAAAACUUUACCGUUCUGCGGUUGAGCGCAGGCAAGCCCAAGCGCGCUGGCGCAUUGCGCAGCGUGGCGCUGAUGCUCGGCCCGGAUUUCACCACGGACAUUAUCACGGUCGAGACGGCCGACCACGCGCGUCUCAUCCUGACGAUCGCCUUCAACAACUACUUUGACAUUAAUCGCUCCACCGAGGAAUCCAAGGCCAAGAUCUUUUGCGUGCCCGACUUUAUCGGUUUUGCCUGCAAGAACAUUGGCAGCCGCAUCCGCGAGCGAGUGGCCCACACGACGUUCGACGAGUUUCACCGCUUCUCGGCGCGCAUCAUCCAAGAGGCAGUGUUUGGCGUCGGUGCCAACGGCGAGCAGAACACUGAGCUGCGCUUUGAGGCCAAUGGCCUGGUGGUGACCAACAUUGAUGUCCAGAGCAUUGAGCCUUCCGAUCAGCAGAUGCGCGACUCGCUCCAAAAGUCCGUCCAAAUGGCCAUCGAGAUUGCCACGCGCUCCAUCGAGGCGUCUUCUCGCCAUGACGCCGAGAACGAGGAGCAGCAGGCUCGCGGCCACCUCGAGACCCAGAAGAUUCGCAACCAGAUUGAGGCCGAGAAGACCCAGUGCAAGCUCUUUGAGAUUCGCGCCUUCAACAGCGCAAUCGAGUCGACAGGUCAAGCGAAGGCCGAGGCUGAGGCCCAAGCAGAGCGCCUGGCCAUCGAGGGUCAGUCUGCUAUCGUGCUCGCCGAGCUGCGAGCGGAAGCUGCCCGUCUCGAAACCGACACUGAGCUGCUCAACCUGACGCAGGCGCGCAACGCAGAGCUCCACUUUAUCCGAGAACAGACCAAGCUCGAAUUGGCCAAGAUGCGCGCACUGAGUGAGAUCAACAAGGCAAAGGUCUCGCGCACCGUCGGCGCCCUCGGCCACGGCACGAUUCUGGCCAUGGCCAACGCCGAGCACAGCCAGAAGGUCCGCCUGCUGCAGGCCCUCAACCUCAAGUCGACUGUCUUUACGGACGGCAACUCGCCAAUCAACCUGUUCAACACGGCCAAUGGCCUGAUUGGAGGCAACGGCCAGUAACCAAAAAAAAAAAAAAAAAAAACUUGAGUGUCAAUGUGAUUGGUGUUUUUUGCUGCAAGUUCAACAAUGUAUGUCAUAUAAUUCGGUUUUGAUGACCA